GUCGGAUCACGUGACACCAAGUUUGUCAACGCGAGGAGAAGGUGUGAUGUCUGCUGGCGUAUUUACCGUUUCUGCUAGACUCAGACACACCGCUACAGUUAUCUUCUUGCACGGAUUAGGUGAUACAGGGUAUGGAUGGAGCCUUGCUAUGAAACAGAUCCAGUCUCCACAUAUCAAAUACAUUUGCCCUACUGCAAAUGUGAUGCCAGUUUCACUAAACGACGGUGCUAGAAUGCCAGCAUGGUACAACAUCUACAAAUCUGGAAUGCAAGGCAGUCGUUUUACAAUUGAUGAGCAAGGUGUCAAAGAGGCUGCAAGUAGAGUGCAUAGUAUGAUCAAAGACGAAGUAGAUCAUGGCAUAGCAAGUGACAGGAUUGUUUUAGGUGGAUUUUCUCAAGGAGGUGCUAUUGCUCUCUAUGCAGGAGUAACAGCAGAGAAGCAAUUAGCAGGCAUUACAGCUCUAAGUACAUACUUUCCACUUGAUCACAAUGUGUUUCAGAUACAAAAAGCUAAUGCUCAUACUCCAAUAUUUCAAUGUCAUGGUGAUUGUGACCUUGUCGUGCCGUACCAACAUGCAGUUGAGUCUAGUGAACUGCUGAAAUUGUUCUGCACAAGAUACAAAUUCAAGACAUACAAGGACUUGGGACACAGUUCAAGUGAUCAGGUUUUACGAGAUGUGAAGUCAUUUAUAGGCGAACACAUUCCACCGUUGAACAGCAACAUGUAGCUACAAUAUACAAAUUAUUUAAUAUUAACAGGCAUUUGAUAUUUUUGUUUGAUACCAGAUGCAAGACAUGAUGCAAUUCUAGUGCACAGUUAGGACAGAUAAACAAAUUGUUGUAUUACAGAUAAACUUCAUACCAACACCACCCAGUUGCGUUACAACAGAAUUGACUGCUCUAUAAUAUUUCUGACAUCUUUCCUCAAUUAACUUUGUAACUGCAUGCCUAUUUGAUGCUUCAGGUUAAGGAGGUAAAAAUAGUGUGGCAAUGACUGAACUUGCUUAUUUGUUUUAGUCCAAAAAAUGAAUGAAAUAUUUAUU